GGAGGUGCACACCUGUAAUCUCUGCAGUCUAGGGGGCUGAGGCAGGAAGAUCUCAAGCUUAAGACCAGCCUGGGGAACGGUUUAGUGACAAGGCCGGGGUUUAGUUCCCAGCGCUGUGAACAGAAACACUAGGACCUCCUUUCUACCACUCAGCCAGCAUCUUGGCUCACAGUCUUUCCCUUCUUGCUGUGCAGUGGCUGAAGUGACAAACAGCCAUAUUCCAGUUGUUGAAAACUUUCCUUGGCCUGCGCCUUUCUGUCUCUAUUCCCAGAUGAACUCUGUAAGUCACUGCUUUCCUACAGCCUCGGUCUACUUGUGUCCAUGUCUUCCACUCACUUCUUCCUCCAGCCUACUCCCUUAGGCUGAGGUCUUCAUUCUUCUACCCCAGAUACUCAGCAUAUUCUGUGGAGAGAAUGUCUUUCAGUCAUUACCAUGUCAAAGCAGUGUUUGCUAAAUUUGGGAAGGUGUCAGUUAUUCUUAAGGUUUUUUUUUUUUUUUUCAAUCUAAAGAUAAUUUUUUUAACAUUUUGAUGUGAGUGAUUGUACCAUUUAGGAGAGGGAGGCCAGAGUCAUCGUGUUGAGAAUAUGAGACCAUGGUGGCAUGAUACACAUGCCUAGAAUGUAAGGUUUUCUUUCAUGAGUUUUAUUUUUUAGUGGUAUCUGAAUGAAAGUUUCUAGAUUUGCACCAUGCCCAAAUACCUCCCUUUAAAAAAAUAACAGUAUGGUGCACACUUGUAAUCCCAGCACUUGGGAGGCUGAGACAAGAAGAUCACUAUGAGUUUGAGGCCAGCCUGAGCUACAUAGAAAAAAAGAAGAAAAAAUAGUGAUAAUUUUGGAAACUAUUUCUUCACUGUGCCUAGUUAUAGGAUUCUAUAUUCCAUUACCGUUUACUACUGAGAAAAAGGGAUUAAGGUCUUUAUAAUGAAAUUUACAGUAGUCGUAUUGUGGCCCGUGAAAUUUAUUUAUUUAUUUUGUUUGUUUUUUUUCCGGUACCGGGAAUCAAACUCAGGAGCUCACCCUUGCCAGGCAGGUGCUGUGCCACUGAGCUAAAUCCCCAGCCCGCCCAUGAAAUUUAGAGAAGUCAAUCUUUCAUGAGUCUUUUACUGAAGAGUGUGGUUCUAUCUAUAGUGACAGGUCCCGAGAAGGAGGUGCCCACGGAUGAAUAGAAAAAGUAAAGAGAGACAAGAAAAACAAGAGAGGCAGAAGCCUGGGAUCAGAGGGUUUACAACCUCUUGGACUGCAGCCCCGAUUACCAAUUACAAUCACCUUUUAUUGAGCCAGAAUCAAUAACGUAACUAGAACAAGUAGGCGGAUAACAAACGUUUUAGUAAUUAAUGUGUUAUCUUUUUCCAAUUCUACCUCUUACGCUGAUGGCAACAAUGGGUGGGAGGUGGGCCUCCCACUCUCAGCACCAUGCUUAUUCAGUUCAGCUGGGGAUCACAAGCCAACCAUCAGUUAGAAAUCCGUUACAGUCACAGUCCUUACCUCUCAGAAGAGGACAGUGAGUGUGAGUCCUAGCUCCUGGAGCCUGUCUGCCAUCAGCUGUUUGAACUCUAUCGUAGUUCUGAGGUUCGACUUAAGCGGUUCACACUGCAGUUCUUGCCAGAAUUGAUGUGGGUUUAUUUGCGGCUUACAGUUAGCCGAGACAGACAGAGUAAUGGUUGCAUUGAAGCACUUCUGUUAGGAAUUUACAAUUUGGAAAUUGCUGAUAAAGAUGGAAACAAUAAGGUUUUGUCUUUCACUAUCCCUUCCUUAUCCAAGCCUUCAAUUUAUCAUGAGCCCUCAACGAUUGGGUCCAUGGCUUUGACGGAAGGUGCUUUGUGUCAGCAUGACCUCAUCAGAGUUGUUUACAGUGAUCUUCAUCCUCAGAGAGAAACAUUCACUGCGCAGAACCGGUUUGAAGUCCUGAGUUUUCUCAUGCUGUGUUAUAACUCUGCCAUUGUGUAUAUGCCGGCCUCUUCUUACCAGUCCCUUUGUCAGAUGGGCUCCAGGGUUUGUGUGAGUGGGUUUCCUCGACAACAUGAAAAACACUGGAAAGAACUCUGUGGUCGAAUAGUAUUGGAUCCUGAAUUUAUGGUGCAGCUUCUCACAGGGGUUUAUUAUGCCAUGUAUAAUGGACAGUGGGACCUUGGCCAGGAAGUUCUUGAUGAUAUCAUUUACAGAGCUCAACUAGAACUCUUUUCUCAACCACUAUUGGUUGCCAAUGCAAUGAAAAACUCGCUUCCAUUUGAUGCUCCCGAUUCCUCCCAAGAAGGCCAGAAAGUCCUGAAAGUAGAAGUCACCCCGACAGUGCCGAGGAUUUCUCGGACUGCGAUCACAACAGCUUCAAUCCGUCGUCACAGAUGGAGAAGAGAAGAUGGCUUUGACUUCUCAAACGAGGCUGACUCGAGUAUUCCUGGCUCCCCGAUCCAACACGGCUCCACUGACCUAGGGAUCAAACGUGUGCAAGAGGGGGAGGUGCUGGUGCGCAGGACCCCUGAGCACCGCUCGUCGGAGCCCAACUCAGCAGCAGCCACAACAGAGGGUGCUGAAAGCAUAAACGGAGAAGAGUUUGCGAACCUGAAUGAUGCCGAUGAAGGGUUUUCAUCAGGGGCAUCCCUCAGCAGCCAGCCAGUUGGUACCAAAGCAUCCUCCUCUUCUCAGAGGGGAAGCUUGCGGAAAGUAGCAGCUGGGCGUUCAGCCAAAGAUAAAGAAGCAGCUUCUGCCACCAAAUCCAGUGACAGCCCAGUUCGCAAACAGUAUGGACAGCAGCCGGCUGACCUUAGUGUAGAUUCAGUUGAGCUGACACCAAUGAAGAAACACCUGAGCCUGCCUGCUGGGCAGGUGGUGCCAAAAACCAAUAGUCUGAGUCUAAUCCGGACAGCCAGUGCUUCCUCCAGUAAAUCCUUUGACUAUGUAAACGGCAGUCAAGCAGGUACCAGCAUUGGGGUCGGCACAGAGGGAGUCACCAAUCUAGCAGCUAACAGUGCUAACCGAUACUCAACCAUCAGCCUCCAGGAAGACCGGCUGGGUCAAGCUGGUGACGGGAAAGAGCUCCUCAGCCCAGGAGCCCCCUUAACCAAGCAGUCCCGCUCCCCAAGUUUCAAUAUGCAGCUGAUAUCCCAGGUGUAGCUUCGUCACCUCCCUCUGCUCUUUCAGCUUUCCUUGUAACUGAAAGUUUCAUUGUGCAAGAAGACACUUCAUCCCACCUUGUGAAAAUACUGGUCAUCGCAAUCAGAUUUGAUUUAGUUUAUUAUAUUCACACUGUAUUUUGUAUGGAAACAGCAAUAAGGUUUUAUUUUCUGUCCUUCCAACUUCUCCUGUGCCCUCCCUGUUCCUUGUUGGUGUGUUGUGAAGCAGUAUAAAUUGUUUGCCUUUCCAUGCCUUUCCUUCUCCUUGGGUGAUGUGCAAUCCAUCGUAGGCGGAUCAGUCCCAUUUCAACACUGUGAGACUGAGGGUACGUUAGAGGAAAUGCUGGAUAUGAUCCCUAUGAAAUGAUUCUUUGGCUUUUGUUUAAAAACAAAACAAAAACGGGUUUGUUCAUAUAAUCUGUAGAACUAUGAAGAUGACUGGAUCAUAUUUUUUUCUCUCUUAACCAGGAGUGCCUCAGAGAUUCUGCUAUGACUUUGGACUUCUCUGAGUCUGUGCAAUCGUUUUCUCAAGAAGCACGGGGAGGGUGGUAGACUGCUGCACUUUUUCAUUAAAAUGAGGGUGGCUCUUUUUCUCCCAUUUCGUUUAUCUAAGGACAUAAACGUUCAAUUACUAAGGCAUUUAAAUCAACUUGUGACCACCUCCUUUGAGGUUGGGGCUCUAAGUUGAUUGUGUAAUUGAUAAUGCACUUUCUCAAUGGCUCUCUAGUCAUUAUUAACAUGUCUUCCCUCUUCCCACCAAGACUUAAGGUCCUUUCUCUCCUUAAAGUUUGAACAGCUAACAAAUCAGAGAAUCCAAGGGGCAUGUUCUGUUUCCCAGGAAUGAUUGACUUGGUGCUGGGGUUUUGUGGGGGGAGGGAUUUUGUUUAGUGUGUGUGGGAUUGUGCGUGAGGGGAGGUUUUGAUUAUUUUGUGUUUUUCUCUUUUGUGAGCUGAUGAUGACUGAAGUAGAACUGUACGUCUUCAGGUAAAGAGAGGGAUUUCUCAGUCCAUUUUCUGAGCUGUCAAGACUAUUGGAGAAACCCUUUCAGCUGCUUUCUAGAUGUACCGAAAUUCAGUCAGAUAUUUUAGAUUAAGAAACUUAAAGUCCUGAUAGAUCAUAUAUUCCAAGGAAAUAUAUCAGGGACAGAUAAUUGGCUGAAAACACUGAUGCUUCAAUGUGACUCAUUUUUAUAGAACAUUUCUACCAGGGGGUACUGACUUGAUUUCUCCUAUAAGGACCACACUGCCUUUGUGUUUAAUGUGAUGCAAUUUGUGUAUCUUCUAAUCAUAUAUCUGCAGAGUUUCUCGUUUUUAUAAAACUUUGAAAUCAUGCCAGUAAGCUGGAUAUUGAAUGUAUGUAAGUAGUAUUUGGUAACUGCUAUACGGCCACAAAAGUACAUGACUGGUUAAAAAA